AUGACAACAAUGGAUACAGUCCCUGUUCGUCUUCUUUUCUUCUCCGUUGUAUUUAAAUUCAUCGCAAUGAUUAUCGGAGUUUUGGGCAAUCUUACUGUACUAAUUUACACAGUUUUCUUGAACAAAGAGAAGACCGCGACGUCUUAUUUGAUGGGAAACUUGGCACUCGCGGACUUAUUAAUGUGUGUAACAUUUUAUCCAAUAUGGAUUGUUGAGUUCAUUCAGACUAUAUUAAACAUUGACGGUGAUCAGGAUUUGUUUUGUGCAUUAAGUCGCCCAACCAUCUGGGCAGCGAUGUUCGCUUCGGUGGCUACACUACUAGCUAUCACGAUUGAUCGCUAUCUAUACAUUGAAAAACCUCUGAAGUAUAUAUUUCUUGUGACGCGAAGACGUGUAUCACUGGUUAUUAUAGGAAUUUGGUCAAUUACACUUUUAGCCAUGAUUGUACUUCAAAAUCCUUAUAAAAAGGAUAAAAGAAUUAGAAGAAGUUAUUGCGAUAUAUCCAACGACACGUUUUUGCUAAUGAAUAUUUUCAUAGUCUACAUUCCGCUGACUUUAAUAUUUCUACUGAAUCUUCGAAUAUUGAUGAUUGCACGGACUCAGCGUAAACGAGUUGCGGCAGAUACAACGAAGGCCAGUUUCACUUUCGGCGAGCAAAGCAACAAGAGACAGCUUUUGAGUAUAUAUCAUUUUAUCCGUGCUUUAAAAGCUGUAAAAACAUUUGCAAUCGUUGUCGUGGUGUUGGCCUUUUGCGUUCUAACGCCAACUGUUGUUGGGUUGGCGAUCGAGUUUUCUUGCAGUUAUUCUUGCAGAAUGAUUUGGUAUGUUGUUAUUCACUAUGAAUUCAUUGGAAUAAACUCGAUCGUGAAUGCCUUCAUUUAUGGAAUGAGGCAUAUGAAAUACAGAAAGGCAUAUGGGAAUAUUCUGUUCAGAAUAAUGCGCUGUAAUAGAUCAGGCAACUGACUGGUUUUCUAAUGCCACAUGCAUUUCACAUGUUACUA